UAAAAAACAAUUAUAGACUUGCAGACUUUGUUACACAGGUUAUAAAGAACUUCCUUUCUGAGCUACUUGUAAGUAAGUUGCCAAAGUGAUGAUACUCACUACCCCCAAAUAUUUCCUACAAACAAGGAUUUUUUCCUACAUAACUGCAAUGCGGCCAUCAAAAUCAGGAAAUUUCACCUAAUAAAUUACUACCAUCUAACCCUCAGACCCUAAUCAUUUCAACAGUUGUCCUAAUAAUAUUCUUUAUAACAAAAGGAGCCAGUUGAGAUUCGUGUUUUUCCUUGAAUUUCAUGAUCGUGAUACUUUCGAAGAUGACAGGCCAGUUGUUUUUCAGAGUGUACCUCAAUUCACGUCUGUCUGAUGUUUCCUUAUAGUUAGAUUCAGGUAGUGUAGUAGCCUCCCAGAAUGGUGCUGUGUCCUCACUCUGCAUCUUGUCAGGUGGCACUAUGAUUUUGAUUUAUCCCUUUCCUGGCGAUUCCUUUGAUCACUUGAUUCAGGGAGUGUCUGUCCAUCUUUUCCAUUGUAAAGUAACUCUCUUCUUUCUUUGUAAUUAAAGUGUUUUGUGCAGAGGUGCUUUGAAACUAUGCAAAUAUCCCAUUCCUCAUCAAACUUUAUUAAGUAGUAAUUUAUUCAUAGCAGCCUGGGCUGCUUUUUUUAUUCAGUGGGUUAUAAUCCAUUACUAUCAUGAUAUAUUUUGAUACUCCGGUUAUCCCUGAUUUGGUGAGUGGGGACCCUAUGGAGAUUUCUUUACACCCUACUUGGCUUCAACACCUCAAGCGUUGUUUUUCUUAAUGUGAAUACUCUCUGAAAUGGGCAGGUAAGCCCUCCGAGCUGUCUCCACUUGUCUGUGCAAAAUACGGCUGGGUCACAGUUGAAUGUGAUAUGCUCAAGUGCUCCAGCUGCCAGGCUUUUCUCUGUGCCAGUUUACAACCAGCUUUUGAUUUUGACCGAUAUAAGGACCGAUGUGCUGAGCUGAAGAAAGCCUUGUGCACCGCCCACGAGAAGUUCUGUUUCUGGCCAGACAGCCCCUCCCCAGAUCGAUUUGGAAUGUUGCCAUUGGAUGAACCUGCUGUUCUUGUUAGUGAAUUCCUAGAUCGUUUUCAAAGCCUUUGUCACUUGGACCUCCAGCUUCCUUCCCUGAGGCCAGAGGACUUGAAAACUAUGUGCUUGACAGAAGACAAGAUCAGUCUUCUUCUGCACCUGCUUGAAGAUGAACUUGAUCACCGAACUGAUGAGAGAAAAACUGCAAGCAAAUUAGGCUCAGACAUCCAAGUCCACGUCACUGCCUGUGUUCUCUCUCUGUGCGGCUGGGCGUGCAGUUCUUCUUUGGAACCCAUGCAGCUCUCCCUGAUAACCUGUUCACAGUGUAUGAGGAAAGUGGGGCUCUGGGGCUUCCAGCAGAUUGAGUCAUCCCUGACGGACCUGGAUGCAUCCUUUGGCCUGACCAGCUCCCCCAUCCCAGGCGCUGAGGGGAAGCCAGAGCGCUUCCCUCUUGUGCCUGAGUCUCCUCGGAGGAUGAUGACCCGGAGCCAGGAUGCUACAUGUUCCCCUGGCUCAGAGCAGGCUGAAAGGAGCCCAGGUCCCAUUGUCUCCCGAACUCGGAGCUGGGACUCUUCCAGUCCCGUUGACCGUUCUGAGCCAGAGGCUGCUAGCCCCACGACCAGAACUCGGCCCGUGACCCGGAGUAUGGGGACAGGAGACGGCACUGGCCUGGAGGUGCCGUCUAGCCCUCUCCGGAGAGCCAAACGAGCUCGCCUCUGCUCUUCCAGCAGCUCGGACACAUCUUCCCGAAGCUUCUUUGACCCUGCCUCUCAGCAUAGAGACUGGUGCCCUUGGGUAAAUGUCCCACUUGGCAAGGAAACCGGGGAGCAUGGUGGAACGGAGGUAGACACCAGGGGCCCCGCAGAGCCAGGCUGGAAGGCCGUGCUGAACAUCCUCUUGGCCCACAAGCAGUCCAGCCAGCCGGCCGAAACAGACCACACGAGCUCCUGGUUCUUGGGCCUUCAGGCUUGGAUUGGAACGGCACCACCAGCUUCCCUUGGCCUCCAGCUUGCAUGGGACAGAUUAUGGGGCUCCUCAGCCUCUAUGAUUGUGUGGGCCAAUUCCCACAGAAAAUCUCUUUGUAUCUAUACAUAUCACACCAGUUCUGUUUCCCUGGAGAACUCCGACUGGUACAGAUGGAAUUAAGCUCAUGAUCUUCUUUCCAAAGCUGCUGUUCUCGUCCACACGCUAGGACAUCACUUUAACCCCAGGGUACUCGUUUUCUUGUGAGUUGUUCCCAACAAAGCUUUUGGUGUGGCCUUCUUAGGAAUCCACUUUUCCUGAUUUGAUUCUUUAUUUGAAAAUACAAUUUUUCUUCUUUUGGCAGAUCCUUCGAAAGAAAAUAAUUGGGAUGCCUGGGUGGCUCAGUC